AGCAAGAUGGCUGCGCCCUGAAAUUUUUCUCUCGUAUCCUAAAUUUUUGCGCCUCGCUUGGGUGAGGUUCACAGUCAGAAUCUGCCUUUCUCCAGCCAUGUUCUCCUUCCGAGGUUGUGGUCGCAGGGUUGCAGCUUCUCUCACCAAACAACACCUUCCAUUGGUUCGGUUUAGCGGUGACAGCGCGGCGUCCUGGACUCCGCACUUCGACGUGGUAGUCAUCGGCGGAGGACAUGCCGGGACCGAGGCAGCCGCCGCUGCUGCUCGGUGCGGUUCCCGGACUCUGCUACUUACGCACCGCGUGGACACAAUCGGUCAGAUGUCCUGUAAUCCUUCCUUUGGCGGCAUCGGAAAGGGGCAUUUAAUGAGGGAAGUUGAUGCUUUGGAUGGCCUGUGCUGUCGAAUCUGUGACCAGUCUGGUGUACAUUACAAAGUAUUAAACCGGCGUAAGGGACCAGCUGUUUGGGGUCUGAGAGCUCAAAUUGAUAGGAAACUCUAUAAGCAGAACAUGCAGAAAGAAAUCUUAACUACACCACUGCUUACUGUUCAAGAGGGAGCUGUAGAAGAUCUUAUUCUUACAGAACCAGAACCUGAGCACACUGGGAAAUGCCGUGCCAGUGGUGUUGUUUUGGCGGAUGGAAGCAAAGUAUAUGCGGACAGCGUGAUUUUGACUGCUGGGACGUUUUUGAGAGGCAUGAUUGUAAUUGGAUUGGAGAUGCAUCCAGCAGGACGUUUAGGGGAUCAGCCUUCUGUAGGGUUGGCUCAGACUCUAGAGAAGUUGGGGUUUGUGGUGGGAAGAUUGAAGACUGGAACUCCACCCCGAAUUGCCAAAGAGUCCAUUAAUUUCAGCAUUCUAAACCAGCAGACACCAGAUAAUCCAUCCAUACCAUUCAGCUUUCUUAAUGAAACUGUGUGGAUAAAGCCAGAAGAUCAGCUGCCGUGUUACUUGACUCACACCAACCCUAGAGUAGAUGAGAUUGUCCUUGAGAACCUUCACCUUAAUAGUCACAUUAAGGAAACUACAAGAGGACCCCGAUACUGCCCCUCCAUCGAAUCAAAGGUUUUACGUUUUCCAAAUCGUCUACAUCAGGUUUGGUUGGAACCUGAAGGAAUGGAUUCUGACCUCAUCUAUCCCCAAGGGUUAUCUGUGACGCUACCAGCUGAAUUACAAGAGAAAAUGAUCACAUGUAUCAGAGGCUUGGAGAAAGCUAAAAUGAUCCAUCCAGGCUACGGUGUUCAGUAUGAUUACUUUGACCCCCGUCAGAUCGCUCCUUCUCUGGAGACUCAUUUGGUGCAACGUCUCUUCUUCGCUGGGCAGAUAAAUGGCACUACUGGUUAUGAGGAAGCUGCAGCUCAAGGUGUGAUAGCCGGAAUCAAUGCAAGUCUUCGGGUCAGACACAAGCCUCCUUUUGUCAUAAGCAGAACAGAAGGCUACAUAGGAGUCUUGAUUGAUGACCUCACAACAAUGGGCACCAACGAACCAUACCGAAUGUUCACCAGCCGAGCAGAGUUCCGUUUGUCACUGCGCCCUGAUAACGCGGACAGCAGACUCACGUUUCGAGGGUAUAAGGAAGCUGGCUGUGUGUCCCAACAACGAUAUGAGAGAGCUUCUUGGAUGAAGUCGUCUUUAGAAGAAGGCAUUUCCGUGCUAAAAUCCAUUGAGUUUUCAAGUUCUAAAUGGAAAAAGUUAAUCCCAGAGGCUUCUAUAAGUAUGGGUAAAAGUCUGCCUCUCAGAGCUCUAGAUGUUCUGAAGUAUGAGGAAGUUGACAUGGAGUUGUUGGCCAAGGCUGUUCCGGAACCCUUGGAGAAGUACACUAAAUGUAGAGAGCUGGCUGAAAGACUGAAAAUAGAAGCUGCUUAUGAAUCAGUGUUGUUCCAUCAGCAACAAGAAAUAAAGAGUGUUCAGCGAGAUGAAGCUCUCCAGCUGCCAAAAGACCUAGAGUAUUGACUCUCCAAGGAUGUAUCUUUGUCCUGUGAAGUUCGAGAGAAGCUACAUUUCUGUCGCCCACAGACGAUUGGGGCUGCUAGUCGUAUACCUGGAGUGACACCUGCUGCCAUCAUCAAUCUGCUCAGAUUUGUGAAGACCACUCAGCAGAGACAGGCAGCUUUGAAUGAAUUGCCCCAAACUGAUCACUGUUUAUGUGAUACAGACAAACUUGAAGAGAGACAGUUAUAACUUUCUAUUCAUGGGAGACAUUUAAUUAACAUAGGUGUAUAGGAGAUGAGUGUUUCUCUUUAGCACCUGUUAAAAUAACCGUAUUAGUUAUUAUGGCUUUGUCAUUAAUUUGUGAAGAAGAUGGAUUAUCACUGUGCUUUUUUGUAUAUCUGAAGAAAAAGUUAUAAAUUCUUAAUUUAUAACUCUUUCUCUCAGGUGCUCUAAUACAGUGAGCCUAUUAAUAUAACUUUGUGCCAGGUUCAUUAAAGAGAGAUAGUGGCCCUAAAACUAAAGCUGGAAAAAAAAAAAUUUAACUUGCAGAUUUGCCUGCUCAUAAGGACUUUGUCCAUUAAAUUUAACAAAUUGAAAGUCUUGUCUUUCAACUUGUUUUGAACAUUA